CCUCCUCCUCCUGCUGCUGCUGCGGCCCCGCGACCGACACCGAGACAUGCCCCGGGGCUGCUGAGGGCAGACGGAGCCUCCGGGAUGCAGAGCAUCAAGUGCGUGGUUGUGGGCGAUGGGGCAGUGGGCAAGACCUGCCUGCUCAUCUGCUACACCACCAACGCCUUCCCCAAGGAGUACAUCCCCACCGUGUUCGACAACUACAGCGCGCAGAACACGGUGGACGGCAGGACUAUUAACUUGAACCUGUGGGACACGGCCGGCCAGGAGGAGUACGACCGCCUGCGGACGCUUUCCUACCCCCAGACCAACGUCUUCAUCAUCUGCUUCUCCAUCGCCAGCCCGCCCUCCUACGAGAACGUGAAGCACAAGUGGUACCCGGAGGUGUGCCACCACUGCCCCAGCGUGCCCAUCCUCCUCGUGGGCACCAAGAAGGAUCUGAGGAACCACCCCGAGACCAUGAAGCGGCUCAAGGAGCAGAACCAGGCGCCCAUCACCACCCAGCAGGGCAUCAGCCUCUGCAAGCAGAUCCGCGCCGUCAAGUACCUCGAGUGCUCGGCGCUCAACCAGGAGGGCAUCAAGGAUGUGUUCACCGAGGCCGUCAGGGCCGUGCUCAACCCUGCCCCGGCCAAGCCCAAGAAACCCUGUGUCCUCUUGUGACUGAGCCCCUGCCUGCCCCGGUGCCCCCCGAGCUGUGCUGACCCCCCCAGGCAGGGGCACUGGGGCCACCAGCCUGAGCCCACCAGCUUCAAUAAUACAGACCUUGUUUGCA